AUGGGUGAGAGCAUACAAAGAGUGUGUGCGUCUAUCUUAACGGUGAUGGUUGUGAUGUUAUCACUUCUUGAAGAUACUAAAGGUAAUAAUGAUUUUGCAAUGGCUCCAAUUUCAGAGAAUGGGUUGCUACCAAAUCCAAUGGCUUGUGUGAAAGAUGCAGGAAAAAUUCCAGAUUGUGUAGAGGCAAUGAAACAAGGUUAUUUAAAAGAUAUAACAAAAGAGUGUUGCUUUAUUCUACUUAGUCUUCCCGAAGAUUGUUUUGGGAUUCUAUUUCCUAUGCGUUUAUACUAUCGUAUCGUACUUAAGGUUACAUGCAAAUUAUUAGGCAUUUUUUAA